GACACCUUAUCAUCACAUGACUCGCUAUUAUUAUUGAAUGGACUUUUCGUAUGAUUUGUCUUGGAUGAGGAGAAGUUUAAUACUUUAAUUGGUUCUGAUUCUGGAUUUGUGCUACAUCUUCCUGGUCUCUGGUUAAAGCAUUUUUUAUUCGACUUUAUUACUAAUUCAUCAUGAAGAUUCUGCUGGUCGUAGCCAGUCUGCUGGCCGUUGGAAUGGCCAUGACUGAUCUGGACAGACUGCAGUCAGAAACCAUAUUGAAAGUCAACAGUAUGAGGACUACCUGGAAGGCUGGUAUGAACUUCAAAGGCAGGGAGCUGGAUGAUAUCAAGAGAAUGCUGGGUACAUACAGGCACCCUAACCGCAGACUUCCAAGACUAGAGAAUCCACCAAUAAGCAAGAGCCUGCCGGAAAACUUUGAUGCUCGAGUGCAGUGGCCCAAUUGUCCCACCAUCAAAGAAGUUCGAGACCAGGGAUCGUGCGGUUCAUGUUGGGCAUUUGGAGCUGUAGAGGCCAUGUCUGAUCGUAUCUGCAUCAAAAGCCAAGGAACGGUCAACGCUCAUAUUUCGGCUGAAGAUCUCAUGACAUGCUGUGAUAGUUGUGGAAUGGGGUGUGAUGGGGGAUUCCCGGGUUCCGCUUGGGAGUACUAUAAGGAAACUGGUAUUGUAACAGGCGGCCAGUUUAACAGUAAUGAGGGAUGCCAGCCGUACCUCAUACCAUCAUGUGACCAUCACGUCAAUGGAACCAAACAACCGUGCAAGGGCGAACUCCCAACUCCUCCUUGCAAACGUGAAUGUCAAGCCAGCUAUUCCAAGUCGUACAAAGCUGAUAAGCACUUCGCUGAGAGUGUAUCCAGUAUCAGUGACAAUCCCGAAGCAACCCAAACAGAAAUCAUGAAUAAUGGACCAGUCGAGGCUGACUUCACUGUCUAUGCAGACUUCCUCACUUACAAGUCAGGUGUAUAUCAGCAUACCACAGGAUCAGUGCUUGGAGGCCAUGCCAUUAAGAUCCUGGGCUGGGGUGUGGAAGAUGGGACCGCCUACUGGCUGGUAGCUAACUCAUGGAACAAUGAAUGGGGAGAUAAUGGAUUUUUCAAGAUCCUCCGUGGCAAGAAUGAAUGCGGCAUUGAGGGCGACAUCAACUUUGGAACCCCCAAAUAGUCUUUUACACCAACUAUGGAAUGACAUGUACUUAAGCAAAACAAUCUUCUAAUUUUGUGUGAGAUUUAUCAGAAAUAUCAAAUUGAUUUUUAUAGGAACCAUUGUUGUUGAUAUGUGAUGUAAUGCUGUAUAGGAGAAGGGGGGGGGGGUGCACAAUAGAUCACCCCCUCCCUUAACAGUAGAUUCACUACUUAAAGCUUGUGAUAAUCUUAAAACAGUACUUAAUGUAGCAAAAUGUAUGUAUAUCUAUGCUUGAUUUAUAUAGAGAGUACAGAGUAUACCUUUCGAGAUAAUGCAUUAUAAGAUCUAACAAAAAAAGGUUUAUUCCAUCCAAAUUUUCGGUGCAACACCAUGUCUUCUUCAGGGAUAUGCUUGAUUAUGAUAUAUUGUUGCCUGUUACAUGUUUUCGAUUGCAUAGCUAAGAUUGGGGGCCUUGUAUUGUAGGUCCUAUUGUAUGGCCUGGAUUCUGAAAUCUGGUUUAACAUAAGCCAUGGUCUUUCUCUAGGCUAAAUUUAUGGUAAGCCAAACAUCUCAAAAUUUUGUUUACAUUGUAUGUUUCUCAUGUUUACUAUGCUCAUGUCUCAAAUGUGAAUGAUGAAGAAAAAUAUUCUAUUUUUUCCACAAAAUUUGAGAAUCAUUAGAGCUGAUAAUUGGAACCUGAAUUGUUGUUGGUUUAUGCAACAAUAAGGCUAUCCAUAGUUUAUCCACAAAUUUAGACCAGAGGUUGAAUUGAACCAGGGUUCAGAAUAUGAAUGGGGUUACAUGUUUAAAAUGAGAUGAUACCCAUUCACUAAACACCUGUUUUUAUUAAGGAAAUAUGGAAAGGAUUGUUCGCCAAUGCAAUGUUGAACAGUCAGGAAAUCUCGGCCCAGGUGCUUAAUGGGUACCCGGUAGGAUGCGAAAGUUAUCGUACGUUUGAAUUUGCCAGGGAGUGGAAAUUGUGCACUUUUUGUGUGGGAUUAGAAAUGAAUCCAAGGACAGGGGUAAUAAUAUACUGUAAAGCACUUUGAG